AGGUAGUAAAUCCCCGGUCCACCCUCCUCAACAGUCAGAGGGCUUCUCUCGUUAGUGUGUUUUUAGCCCUUGCCUCGUUCGUUUCCUCCACAUCCGCGUCGUCCUUAAAAGCCCUUCUGGUCGGCGAAAAGGGAAUCAAAAUGAUUUGAAGAGGGCAACUCGGACAACCGAGGAGGAACGGGGCUCGAGAGAGUGGGUGGAGGCUCUCGCCCUGUGGCUUAUAUGGACCUCCGCCAUCCAGCCAAGUCAAUAUGCGGCUAGUGUCGGCUACGUGAGAGAAGCCCGAGUGGCUUCGGCUGGGAGUGGGCUCUCCACGGCGAACGAAACGAGUGCACCGUUUGCUUCCGAGUGGACCUGCCGAGCUGACAACCCCACCGAACGGCAGCGAGACUCCUCGGGGCGGGCGCGACGAUGACCGAACUGGUCUCCAAGUGGGCCUGUGAAUACUGCACCUACGAGAACUGGCCGUCGGCCAUCAAGUGCACCAUGUGCCGCGCGCAGCGGCCCAGCGCGGGCGCCAUCAUCACCGAGGAGCCCUUCAAGAGCGCCCCGGCGUUGGACCCCGCCGGCCUGGGCAACAGCCCCACCCAGGGGAGCUCCUCUUUGCUCAUUUGCCCCGACUCCAGCGCGCGGCCCCGCGUCCGCGCCAGCGAUACCCCCGAGACCAGCUCCAAGUGGUCCUGUCACAUGUGCACCUACCUGAACUGGCCCCGCGCCAUCCGCUGCACUCAGUGCCUGUGUCACAGGCAGCACGCUCAGCAGCACGCCAGCCAUCAAGGACACCCGCGCAGCCCCACCGAGUCGCCCCAGACCUCGGGCUCCGGGUGCCGCCCCGCGCCCUCGUCCGCCGUCACCGACCCCUGCGAGGAAUACAACGACCGCAAUCGUCUCAACACGAACGCGCAGCACUGGACCUGCGCCGCCUGCACUUACGAGAACUGGUCAAAGGCGCCCAAAUGCGUGGUGUGCGACCACCCGCGGCCCAAUCACGGCCUGCUCGCCGAACCCAUCGAACUGGCGUCCGAGCCCGAGCGGCAGCAGCUGUCGUCCAAGUUUAUCGAUGCCGACAGGGGCAACAGGCGCUGCGUCGGCGGCGGCGCGGGCGGCCAGGGGGUCGGCGGCGUGGCGGGUUUGGUCGGGGGCUGCAGCACCAGCCAGAGAAGGUCGCCGCCUUCCUCCAAACGCGAGUCGGAGGUGAACAUGGACUUUCAGAGGAUCGAGGUGGCGUCGGGGGCCGGGGUUGGGAGUAAAGAAGAGCUCGAGGUGGAUUUCAAAAAGCUCAAGCAGAUUAAGAACAGAAUGAGAAGGAUGGAUUGGCUUUUCCUCAAUGCCUGUGUCGGCGUGGUGGAGGGCGACCUGGCGGCCGUGGAGACCUACAAGACGUCGGGGGGCGACAUCGCGAGACAGCUGUCGUCCGACGAGGUGCACCUGCUCCACCGCCCGUCGGCGUUCGACGUGGGCUUCACGCUGGUGCACCUCGCCAUCCGUUUCCAGCGGCAGGACAUGCUCGCCGUGCUGCUCACCGAGGUGUCCCAACAGGCUGCCAAGUGCAUCCCGGCGAUGGUGUGUCCCGAGCUGACGGAGCAAAUCCGCCGCGAGGUGGCCGCCUCCCUCCACCAACGCAAGGGGGACUUCACCUGCUACUUCCUCACCGACCUGGUCACCUUCACCUUGCCCGCAGAUAUUGAGGAUUUACCGCCAGCCGUUCAGGAAAAGCUCUUUGACGAGGUUUUGGACCGAGACGUACAAAAAGAGCUGGAGGAGGAGUCUCCCAUCAUCAACUGGUCGCUGGAGCUCGGGACCCGGCUGGACAGCCGGCUCUACGCCUUGUGGAACCGCACGGCCGGGGACUGCCUGCUGGACUCGGUGCUGCAGGCCACCUGGGGCAUCUACGACAAGGACUCGGUCCUGCGCAAGACACUCCACGACAGCCUGCACGACUGCUCGCACUGGUUCUACACGCGCUGGAAGGAGUGGGAGUCGUGGUAUUCGCAAAGCUUCGGCCUGCACUUUUCCCUCCAGGAGGAGCAGUGGCAGGAAGACUGGGCCUUCAUCCUGUCGCUGGCCAGUCAGCCGGGAUCCAGCUUGGAGCAGACUCACAUUUUCGUCCUUGCGCACAUACUUCGGAGGCCCAUCAUCGUCUACGGAGUGAAGUACUACAAAAGUUUCCGUGGGGAAACGCUCGGGUUCACUCGCUUUCAAGGCGUGUACCUGCCCCUGCUGUGGGAGCAGAGCUUCUGCUGGAAGAGCCCCAUCGCGCUGGGCUACACGCGCGGCCACUUCUCGGCCCUGGUGGCCAUGGAGAACGACGGAUUCGACAAUCGCGGCGCCGGCGCCAACCUCAACACGGACGACGACGUCACCGUCACCUUCCUGCCGCUCGUGGACAGCGAUCGCAAGUUGCUGCACAUCCACUUCCUCUCUGCGCAGGAAAUGGGCAACGAAGAACAACAGGAGAAGCUGCUGCGCUCUUGGCUGGACUGCUGCGUGACGGACGGCGGCGUGCUGGUGGCCCUGCAGAAGAGCUCGCGCAGACGCAACCACCCGCUCGUCACGCAGAUGGUGGAAAAGUGGCUGGACGGAUACCGGCAGAUACGCGCCUGCGCCGCGCUCUCCGACGGCGAGGAGGAGGAGGACGACGACGACGAGUGAGCGCGCGCUCGCCACUUGCUACUUUGGGUCAAACUGUGACGGGCGGGGAAAAUAAAAAGGUUUACAAAUUCAAACCCCACCCCCCCCCCCCAACCACCUCCCAUUUGUAUCUCCACCGUGACGGAUUUGCUCCAUGUCAACGCAUGGACGGAAAGCCCCUUUGAAGCAUUCGCUCCACAACCCGAGGCUCCGUGCACCUUCUUUAUCCUCACGAGUAAGACAAUUCAGUGCGCUGGUUGAACAACCGUGUCUUACUAGUGAUGUUUUUUUUUGUUUGUUUUUUUUAACUUUCAGGUUUUUCAUCCUACCCGUCACACUAUUUGGCCCAUACUUGCCGCUUGAGCAUUUAUUUGUUAUCCAUCUUAAGGUUCCGUGCACUUCGUCGCCCUUUUGCUCCGACCGGUAAGACGGGCUAGCACGCUAGUGGAGCAAACAUGUCUUACGAGUACAAACGAUAAUAAGGUGAAUAUCAAUGGAAUAAAUGCACAAGUAACUUUAUAAGCCUUAGUUUAUAUAUGUACAGUGUAUACAUAAAAUAAGCCUCGGUUGAAGGUCCACGUUCUAGUAUGUGCUUUAUCCUCCCUCAUAAGACGAUUCAGCCAACAAGUCGGAACAACUGUCAUACUUUUUUUUUUUUUAAACUAGUGCCACAUUUGGCCUCAAGCCAUUUGAGCCUCAGGUCCCUGUGCUAUUCCGUGCUUUGUCCUGACUAGUAAGACUACUAUUCAAAACACUAGUCGAACGACCGCGUCUUGCUAGUCACAUUUUUCCCACCCACAUUUUUGUUAGUAACUGCACGAGUAGGACAACUACAUAAUACUUUUGAAGCACUACCGGUUAUUUCGGGGCUACUCCCAAAUCUAGAAGGCCUACUUGUACAUGACACAUGGCUACUAGUUUGGCCUUGACGCAUUUAUUCAUUGCCCUUGAUAACUAGCCGAAGGUCGUAGCAAAAACAAAUUGUAUUACGGGUGAAGACACAAGAGCAUACUAGUACAUGGACGUUUUAAGAUAAAUAUCAAGGAUAUGGGAUGAAUGCUCAAAGGGCUUUCCAUAAUUAUGCAUGCGGUUGUUGAAAUAAAUUCGACGUAUAGUUCAACAUGAACUUAACCAGCAUUGAUGUGUUCCGUUCAAAAAGCAAGCACAUUAUUUUCCGAUUUGGGAUUUUGGAGGAAAAAAAAAAUGGACAAAGCCAUUCUUGUGUUUAGAAGUUUUAUUGAAGCACUGCACAUUUAUGACGACAUUUCUACACGAAUGCGAUCGCUUGAACCAGGUCAAGGAAGCGCUGGAGGAGAAUUAAAAAAAAAAAAAGGGAGGGAGACGUUCCCUUUAAUAAGUGGACUCGCAUUAUAGAAGUUUGCUUUUUGUUUUGAGUCGACAUAUUUAUUAUGAUUGUAUUUGGAAGCUCAUAAUCUGUAUAUUUUUCUGCUUUUUGGGGGGGGUUGAGGCAGUGAUGAAGAAGCGAUGACGUCAAGUUUACCGGUGGUUUUGAUUUUUCGGUAGUACCUCAAGGGGACGUCUACAACCUGGUGCUUGUUUUUUUUUUCUCUCAUAUUUUCAUUUCAUGUCAGAUGACUUCAGCUCUUUCGCCUUUCCGGGUCACCCUCACUCACCUCGUUUGUGCGGUAAAGCAUCUCGUUACAGCAAUGACAUCAAAACCAAAGGUGACGGGGCAUUCACUACUACUUAUGACUGUUUUUGCCACUUUUUUUUUCCACCCUUCCUCGGUUCGGAGCGUCCACCUGUGGUGUGUUGCUUGAUAUUGAUGCAAUAGUUUGUUUGUGGAUAUAUUUUUUUCUAGUCCUCAUGUCACAAGACAUACAUGCAAGAGUGUAACAUAAACAAGUGAGCAAAAAAUAAAAAUACAAAAACCAGAAAAAUAAACAUUUUUUUCAAUGUUUCAA